AUGAGGAAGGUUGUGGAGCUGUUGCUCCUCGUGUUGGUACUAACACACACAGCCAGGGGUCAGGGCAGGAGGAGGAAGGGCCAGAGAGACGACAACCAGGUCCUCCAAAAGGAAGGGAAAAUUCUGAUCUGCCCGGUGGAGAUCAUGUUCAUCCUGGACAGCUCAGAGAAGGCCAAGGUGCUGUUGUUUGAGAAGCAGAAAGACUUCGUCCUGCGUUUCAGCACGCGGCUCAUGCAGAUCCAGGCAGCAGGUUGGAGACUGAGGUUGAGGCUGGCUGCACUGCAGUACAGCAGUUCUGUUUCUCUGGAGCACAACUUCCGGGACUGGCAGGAUGUGGAUGUGUUCCAGAGCAGAGUGGCGUCCAUGGCCUACAUCGGACACGGAACCUACUCAGCCUACGCCAUCACUAACGCUACACAGAUGUUUAGCCGUGAGACAGCGGCCAACAGCCUGAGGGUGAUGUUGCUGAUGACUGACGGCGUGGACCAUCCCCGUAGCCCCAGUGCUGUGACCGCCGCAUCCGAGGCCAAGAACCACAACAUUCGUCUGUUCACCAUCGGGCUGUCGGGUCUACCCAGGGAUAUGCCCACCAAUGCCAGGUUACGUUCCAUCGCCAGCGCCCCGCCACAGCAGCACGUCCUCAGCCUUACAGACAACCUGCUGGAGGAUAAACUUUUCAGAGAACUGAACACGCUUGUCAACACAGGGUGCCCACAGCCCAAGUCCUGUCUGUGUGAUAAAGGAGAAAGAGGUCCCCCUGGAAGCCCGGGGGAACCUGGUAUCAACGGAAGGCCUGGGAUGGAGGGUAUCGAGGGUCGACCCGGCACUAGAGGGGAAAAGGGGGAAAGAGGCGAGUGUGGCGUCCGCGGGAUGAAGGGAGAUCAAGGGCCAGACGGACCUCCAGGCCCUCGGGGACCCAGAGGAGAGCAGGGUCUUAGUGGAGGUCCCGGGGACCAGGGCCCUGAAGGACUUGUAGGACCCAAAGGUGACCGUGGACCUGGUGGAGUGACAGGACCUCCAGGGGAUACUGGCAUCGGCUUUCCAGGACCUAAAGGCAAUAAAGGAAACCAGGGAAGGCCUGGACCCACCGGUCCCUUGGGUAUGGGUGAACCAGGACUGCCGGGUGACAGGGGUUACGAGGGUCCUAAGGGCACCCGCGGCACCCCGGGUUCAGGGUUGAAAGGUGACAAGGGAAACACAGGAGCUCCAGGGAGACAGUGGUCCAUCUGGAUCUUCCGGCCCUCGGGGGCCACCAGGGCUGGGAAUAGUCGGCCCAAAGGUGGGGUGACCAGGGCUUCCCAGGAGAGCAUGGACCACAGGGAGAGAGAGGAGUCGGGGAGCCAGGGUCAAAGGGUGAACCAGGACCUGACGGAUCUUCUGGGAUACCUGGUAUACCCGGGGAAGAUGGAGUGGUCGGACCUAAGGGUGAGAUUGGUUUACCAGGACUGCGAGGGACAGAGGGGUGAUCGAGGUGACCGGGGGGUGAGGGGACUACCAGGAACGCCAGGGCCCGUGGGACCUGCAGGAGCCAAGGGAGAGCCUGGCAGUUUUGGAAUGAUGGGUCUACCAGGUCCUCCUGGCAGGGGCCUACCUGGGUCAAAGGGUGACCUUGGACCAGUGGGGCAGUCUGGGCCUGUAGGAGACCCUGGAGUGGGCAUCGCUGGGUCGACGGGUGAGAGGGGGAACCCUGGACCUGUUGGACCACCAGGGUUGAAGGGAGACGGCUACACAGGACCUCAGGGCCUCCCAGGGUUGCCAGGGCAACCAGGAGAGUUGGGACCUGAAGGGAAAGGAUUACCUGGCCCUAAGGGUGGCAGAGGUUCAUCAGGACUUCCAGGGCCAACAGGACCUCCUGGCAUUGGUCUGCUGGGACUUAAGGGUUCUGUGGGUCAGCCAGGUCCAGCUGGUCUGUCAGGAAUCACAGGAGAGGGCAUCCAGGGGCCCAAGGGAGAGCCUGGGUUCGAGGGGCCAAAGGGCCCCCGGGGGCCUCCAGGGGACGGCUUUCCAGGAGAAAAGGGAGACAGGGGGAUUCUUGGAGACCGUGGGAAGAAAGGAGACAAGGGAGAAUUUGGAGAGUCAGGAUCUAUAGGACCCAUGGGGAAAUCCGGCUGUGGUGUGAAGUGCAGAGAGAGUCCUCUGGAGCUGGUGUUUGUGAUUGACAGCUCAGAGAGCGUUGGACCGGAGAACUUCGAGGUGGUCAAGGACUUUGUGAACACCCUGAUUGACCGUGUAUCUGUGAACCGCGAGGCCAGCAGGAUCGGUGUGGUCCUCUACAGUCAUGUGGACAUAGUGGUGGUCAGUCUGACGCAACAGUCCAGCCAGAACGACGUCAAGGCUGCGGUGAGGAAAAUGCCGUACUUGGGCGAGGGCACCUUUACGGGUAGUGCCAUUGGGAGAGCCAACCAGCUGUUCCAGGCCUCGCGGCCCGGUGUGCGUAAAGUUGCCGUGGUACUAACCGAUGGGCAGGCAGACCGACGUGACGCAGUGCAGCCCGAGGAAGCUGCCAGGGAGGCCCACACCGCCGGCAUUGAGAUGUUUGUCAUCGGCGUGGUGAAUAAGAAAGACCCGCUGUACGCAGAGUUCCAAUCUGAGAUGAUCGCUAUCGCCUCCGACCCAGACGAGGAACACAUGUACCUGAUCGACGACUUCAUGCUGCUGCCCAGUAUGUGGUUCUAG